AUGCCCAAGGUCCAAAAGCCCCGUGCUCCCCGUGCCCAGACUUCGACUGAACAGAAGCGUACUCGUGCUGCGCGAGUAGAACAGGAGGGUGUUGAAAUGGAUUUUCGGUGCAAACGCUGUGAAGAGAAGAAGCUUCGCUGCUUCGUGGAAACGUCUUCAGGGCGUUGUGCUGGGUGUAUCUCGGUUGGUGCUGAGUGUAGUUUGUUUGUUUCUGAGAAAGAGUGGGAAGAAGUCCAAGCUGAGUGUGAGCGUAAAGAGUUGGAGCUGGCCCAGGCUGAGGAGCGUCAAGCCCUAGCUGCGGCUGAGUCGUCUCGUUUGCGUCGUGAGCUUCUAGAGGUGAAGAAUAAGAAGCGUGGUUUCGCGCGUCGUGAUCUUGCGAUAAUUGCUGUCCAAGAUCGUGCGAAAGAGCAGGCCGAGGGGAGCUCAGCCCCUGGGGGUACGAGCCUUCCUGUUGUCGAACCAUCGCUAUCCGAAUCGUCGGCUGAUCUAGGCGGGUUACAGGCUGAUUUCUACGAUCCUUCUUUUGAUUAUUUGUCCCUAGACUUCUUCCUUUCCUACGAGAAUCCGGUUCUCGUUUCCGUGGAUGCUUCCGAUGGUACUCACGUCCUUGACUUCUUCGACUAUGUACUCGUCGUUUUCGAGUUCGAUGUCUUCUGCUAG